AUGUUUCAGCCAGGCCUCUGCCAUGGGAGACGGCCUGGCCUGAACCGUUCGGCCUGGCAACCUUGUGUCCGAAGAUGGGCUCCAGUGGCCCACCAGGUAGCCCUCGGCAGACUGAUGGUCAGGUUGGGGGUCCCGAGGGCCUGAGAGGCCCUAGAAGAUGCACUCCCCACCCCCACAAAUGUGGCAGUGCCAGGGGUGGGGUGAUCACUGUUUCUAGUAUCUGAAGGACUCUUAUCCGAGAGUCAUGAAUUCCUAGCAUUCCCUGUGCCAGGACAGGACCAGGAGAUGGGGGCAGGGGAGAGGGUACAAGCCCCACCUAGGGCAGUGGCCACAGCAGCAAGAGGCAGACAGCCAGGAGCCUGGGCAGGAGGCAGGAUGGCGGCAGGGGCAACGGCUGGAGCCUGGGUGCUGGUCCUCGGUCUGUGGGGGACAGUGGCAGGCUGUCAAAACGUCACAGCCCCGAUCGGGAAGCCGCUGGUGCUCAAGUGUAAGGGUGCUCCCAGGAAACCACCCCAGCAGCUGGAAUGGAAACUGCACACAGGCAGGACAGAAGCCUGGAAGGUCCUGUCUCCCCAGGGAAGCCCCUGGGACAGCGUGGCUCGAGUCCUCCCCAAUGGCUCCCUCCUCCUGCCGGCUGUGGGGAUCCCGGAUGAGGGGGCUUUCCGGUGCCGGGCCAUGAGCCGGAAAGGAAAGGAGAUCAAGUCCAACUACCAAGUCCGAGUCUACCAGAUCCCUGGGAAGCCAGAAAUUGUCGAUCCCGCCUCGGAACUCAAGGCUGGUGUCCCCAAUAAGGUGGGGACAUGUGUGUCUGAGGGGGGCUACCCUGCAGGGACUCUUAGCUGGCACUUAGACGGGAAGCCCCUGAUACCUGAUGGCAAAGGCGUGUCUGUGAAGGAAGAGACCAGGAGACACCCUGAGACAGGGCUUUUCACGCUCCAGUCAGAGCUGACGGUGACCCCAGCGCAGGGGGGAGCACCCCACCCCUCCUUCUCCUGUAGCUUCAGCCCCGGCCGUCCCCGGCGCAGAGCCCUGCACACAGCCCCCAUCCAGCUCAGCGUCCAGGGCGAGCCCAGAGCCCCGGAGCCUGUGCCUCCAGAGGUCCAACUGGUGGUGGAGCCGGAAGGCGGAGCAGUGGCUCCUGGGGGUACUGUGACCCUGACCUGUGAAGCCUCCUCCCAGCCCCCUCCUCAAAUCCACUGGGUCAAGGACGGCACCCCCCUGCCCCUUCCCCCCAGUCCAGUGCUGCUCCUCCCUGAGGUAGGGCCUCAGGAUCAAGGAACCUACAGCUGUGUGGCCACCCACCCCAGCCACGGGCCCCGGGAGAGCCGUGCUGUCAGCAUCAGCAUCAUCGAAACAGGCGAGGAGGGGCCAACUGCAGGCUCUGUGGGAGGGCCUGGGCUGGGAACUAUAGCCCUGGCCCUGGGGAUCCUGGGAGGCCUGGGGGCAGCCGCCCUGCUCAUUGGGGUCAUCCUGUGGCAAAGGCGCCGCCGCCGAGGAGAGGAGAGGAAGGCCCCAGAAAACCGGGAGGAGGAGGAGGAGCGGGCAGAGCUCCGUCAGUCCCAGGAGCCCGACGCCGCCGAGAGCAGCGCAGGAGGGCCUUGAGGGGCCCUGGCCACCCCACCCCUCAGCUCCCCUUUCUUUUCCCUACACUGUUUUGGCCCCAGACCAUUUCUUCCUGUAUAACCUCUACUCACCUCGCCUAACUCCCUUUCACAACCAGAGCCUCCCACAAAUAGCGAUGAGUAAACACCUGACAUAACCUUGC